AUGCUCCGGCGCGGCUUCAGGCCCGAGCGACUGGCCCGCCUCCGCGUCGCCCAGAGCUCGAAUCCCCGUCUCGUCUGGCGCAAGCCUCUGCGCGCCUUGGCCCCCAGCAGCCGGCCGACGGCGCGCGGCGCAGCAUCCCUCGCUCCCAGCAGCCGUUGCCCAGGCCUUGGCAACGAUGAUGGAGGUGCUGCCUCGAGCAGCUUCCCUGCCACGGGCGACACCAUCUACGCGCUGUCGACGGGCCGGGGACGAGCCGGAAUCGCCGCCAUCCGCAUCUCAGGGCCGUCAUGCUUAGAUGUGUACAGGGCGCUGUGUCCGGCCAAGGCGCUGCCCAGGCCACGAUACGCGGCUGUGCGCACGCUGUUUGAGCCGCAGCCGGCACGCGAGCCCGUCGUGCUCGACUCGCAGGCCCUGGUGCUCUACUUCCCGGCCCCGCGGACCGUCACGGGCGAAGACGUUCUCGAGCUGCACGUCCAUGGGGGGCCCGCCACCGUCAAGGCUGUGUUGGCCGCCAUCCCCCGGUCUCGCUCCAGCCACGCCAGCAUCCGCUACGCCGAGCCGGGCGAGUUCACCAAGCGCGCCUUUAUCCAUGACCGCCUCGACCUGGCCCAGAUCGAGGCGCUGGGUGACACCCUCGCCGCCGAGACGGAGCACCAGCGACGUGCCGCCGUCAGGGGCAGCUCCGGCGCCUUGGGCCGCACCUACGAGGCGUGGCGUCAGCAGCUCCUGCUGGCCCGCGGGGAGAUUGAGGCGCUCAUUGACUUUUCCGAGGACCAGCACUUUGACGAGUCGCCGUCGCACCUCCUGGCCAACGUGACGAGGCAGGUCGCCGACAUGGUGCACGCCAUCGGCAUGCACGAGCUGGCCGGCCAGCGAAGCGAGCUGCUGCGCAACGGCAUCCGCAUUGCCCUGCUGGGCCCGCCCAACGUAGGCAAGAGCUCUCUCAUGAACCUCGUCGUUGGCCGCGAGGCGUCGAUUGUGUCGGGCGAGGCCGGCACCACCCGAGACAUUGUCGAGGCUAGCCUCGACGUGCGCGGGUACCUGUGCGCCUUUGCCGACACGGCUGGCUUCCGAUCCACGGCCUCGGGUGACGACGGCGCGGCCAUUGGCGCCGUCGAGGCCGAGGGCAUCCGGAGGGCAAGGUGCAAGGCUCAAGAGUCGGACGUGGUCGUGGCUCUCGCGUCGGUCGAGACCGGUGCGCAAGGGCCGUUUCUACACUACGACCUGGAGACGCUCGACCUUGCCGCCGAGGCCGAUGCCCGUCUGGUUGUGGUCAACAAGCGAGACUCCGUCGACGAUGCCACGCUGACUGCGCUGUUGGCCGGGUUCCGCGAAACCCUCUGCCAACGGAGCCCAGCGUUGGCCGCCACGGAGCCCGUAGCCAUCUCCUGCCAGCAAGGCGAAUCUCGGGUGCUCGGCAGCGCGGACCCGGGCGGUAUCCAGGGCCUCGUCGACUCGCUGGCGGCGGCCUUUUCGCGCAUGACGGACAUGCCGGCGCACCUGCAGGACCUCGUCGGGGUGACGGAGCGGCAGCGGCAACUCCUGGCCCAGUGCCGGGACCACCUCGAGGCUUUCAUGGCCGAGGCGGGCCCGGACGAGGACGGCCUCGAGCCGGACGUGGUGCUGGCGGCCGAGUACCUGCGCUACGCGGCCGGCUGCCUGGCGCGCAUCACGGGCAGGGGCGAGGCCGGGGACGUCGAGGAGGUGCUCGGCGUCGUCUUUGAGAAGUUUUGCGUGGGCAAGUGA